AUGAAGAUAUCGGGUCCACAGUGCGCGUUCCGUACCACGGCCCGCUGCAGCAUCGUGACCGUCUACAACUUGGAGCAGGGGCUGGUGGGAGUGGGUCGGGACGUGCCGGACCGGGACGCUGUGUAUACCCUUGGGCGCGAGUCUGCGCAACUCUUCAGACAUCAAACGCUACCGAUGGGUUACACCAGCAUCCUCGCAUUCGAUCCGGACUCGAAAUCAUAUCAUUGGUGUGCACUGGGCGGGACUGGUUCCUCCACGGAAGUUUAUGACGUGAACAGCCGGCCCACUUCCGGCCGAUGUCGGCCCUUCACCGCCGGACCAGACAGAUCGUCCAUCUCUUUAGAGCAGCCGGUCAGUCCUUUCCAGUAUCAGAAGUUACUCGCUCUUGGUUUCCGGUCCAGUACCCUCUUGCUGGACCCGGACUGCGUGUAUGACGCCACCAGCCACCGCGCUUGUAGUACGCAUGCGCCGCGAUCCCGGAAGGAAAGCCCGCAGAAACCGGACGCAACAAGCGGGACCGCGGCGCGGAGCGCUGAUGAUCCACAAAUUGACGCGGCAACGCCAGAUGAUCUAGCUUGCCCGGAGGCCGAUGUUAUGCGCAGUGACAACAUCGACCGGAUCGCCCCAAGUCUGCACAUGCGCAGUGACACACCACCCAGUCGUCCGAAUGCCGCAGUUUUCAGUUUCCGGAACAACGAAAACGUGUCUCACUCGGAGGUGCAGCACCUUAUACAGACUCAACGUUCCGGUGCAACGUAUCCAGUUGAAUCCCCUCGAUAUCCGGUCAUCGCGACCAGGUGUCAAAUCCUGCUGGGUCGUCGAAUUUUGUACUACAGCGGAUGUGGAAAAAUCUAUACAGUUGGGACUUAAGUGGGCACUGACCUGUUGGUGUUUUAUCCGCACGAUGACGUCAUUAGACGCGAAACCGCGACCUAUAGAAACUACAUGGAGGUUGUUAACGCCCACGCAGUGAUCGCGGCGUCUGCUGAUAACGCAGUGCGCGGGAAACUUCAACACGAAGUUUCCAACGGUCGAUGUCACUCGCAACCUUAAAGCUACCAUGAAGAUAUAAGCUAAUUGGAAUUGACUUUUUACCCGCGCCAUAGGCGGAGGGAUAUUGUUUUGGCGUUGUCCGUACGUCUUUCCGUCCGUCCUUUCGUCCGUCCGGCACUUUUGUGUCCGGAGCCCUAUCUUGGAAGUGCUUUGGCAGAGUUCAAUGAAACUUGGUAUGAGUAUAUAUAUGAAUAAGAGGAUGAUGCACGCCUAAUGGCAUUGUACACCAUCUGUUAAUAACAGAGUUAUGGCCCUUUGUAUCUUGGAAAAAUGCUUUUUUGUGUCCGGAGCUAUAUCUUGGAAGUGCUUUGGCGGAUUUCAAUUAAACUUGGUAUGAGUAUAUAUAACAACAACAACAACAACAUUUAUGGAUAAGAGGAUGAUGCACGCCUAAUGGCAUUGUACACCAUCUGUUAAUAACAGAGUUAUGGCUCUUUGUAUCUUGGAAAAAUGCUUUUUAAUGUCCGGAGCCAUAUCUUAGAAGUGCUUUGGCGGAUUUCAUUGAAACUUGGUAUGAGUAUAUAUAUGGAUAAGAGGAUGAUGCACACCAAAUGGCAUUGUACACCAUUGGAUAAUAAAUGAGUUAUGGCCCUUUGUAUCUUGAAAAAAAUGCUUUUUUGAGUGUCAAAUAUAACACUUUUGGGUCCAGAAGCAUAUUGGCGGGGGAUAUCAAUUCAACGAAUUUGUUUGUUGAAACUAUGUCAUCAUGUUAAUUUGUGUCGUUUGGUAUAUGAUUUUUCAGUUUAAGAUUCAAGAGGGAUAAUUUCAUUACCGCCAUUUUAAUUCAACCAUCCACAUUAAGGCACAACUAAGCUUCCCUUCUGUAGUUUCAGUUUUUGUUUGUUUUAAAUACUCAUGAAUAUAAUACAUGUAUUGAUAAAAAUAACGUAUAAUAUAUUGAAUCAUUUCCCACUUCAAACACACAAUUAUAUCAUGUAUACAUUCAACAGACUUAGAACAACUAUAAA